GCAGCUGGGAGGCUACUGGAGUAUGUCGGCUCCGUUUGAGGAACGCAGUGGGGUGGUUCCUUGCGGGACGCCGUGGGGUCAGUGGUACCAGACCUUGGAGGAGGUGUUCAUUGAAGUUCAGGUGCCGCCAGGCACUCGCGCCCAGGAUAUCCAGUGCGGCCUGCAGAGCCGGCAUGUGGCGCUGGCCGUGGGUGGUCGCGAGAUCCUUAAGGGCAAACUCUUUGAUUCUACAAUAGCUGAUGAGGGAACAUGGACUUUGGAGGACAGAAAAAUGGUCCGUAUUGUUCUUACAAAGACAAAGAGAGAUGCAGCAAAUUGUUGGACUUCUCUUCUAGAAUCUGAAUAUGCAGCUGAUCCUUGGGUGCAAGACCAAAUGCAGAGAAAACUUACAUUAGAAAGAUUCCAGAAAGAAAAUCCUGGUUUUGACUUCAGUGGAGCAGAAAUCUCAGGAAACUACUCUAAAGGUGGACCAGAUUUCUCAAAUCUUGAGAAAUAACCACUACUUUUUUUUUGCUGCAUUCUGUGGAUCUCAGCAGAUGUUGCCAACUUAAUCAAAGGAACAGAUUAUGUGAUGGAAGGAAAAUGUGGAUACCUGCAGUUAACAAAUUGCAAAAUAUAUUUAACUAUGGUUCUAAAAAUUGUAUUCAAAUAUGAAUUACAUAGGAAACAUCUUAAAUACUGUGGAAGCUAUUCUACUAAUAGAAAGUAACUUUUUUUUUGGACUUGUUUUUUUGCUCAGCAUGAAGUUUUAUAUGCUGCAUUUUACUAAUUUCAUAUUUAACCUGUAUUUUUAAUACAAAAAACAUUAGGGUA